AUGGCGGGGCUAGCUUCGGGAUAUCGCAAGGUGUCACCCGAAGCGAUUCCAGACCUCAUUGCGUGGCUCGGCAGGUGUCUGGAAGUGUGGCAGGAGCAGCCAAACUCGCCGCUGUGGCGCACGACGUGCUUGACCGCUUCGGCCCGUCUUCCUUCGCUUAUCCCCCUCCCCGUCCCUCCCCCUCCCCGCCCUCCACCUUUGACCAACCUCCAUUCGAUCACCCCCCGCUCGUCCAACUCUCACUCACUCAUCCGUCAACCCUCAUCUCAUCCCUUCAGGUGUCUGGCAGUGCGGCAGGAGCAGCCCAACUCGCCGCUGUGGCGCACGUCCGUGCUGCAGUUCACCGACGUCCUCGAUCACGCGCUGCUGCUCGACUGGCCCUCCAACCUUCUCCCCGUCCCCUCUUCCCCCGCCCCCUCCGCCCCCUCCGCCUCGCCUGCUGCUCGCCCCGCCUCAUCUCAUCAAGCCCCAUCUGCCCCCAUCGCUGGAGCCGUGGCAGCAGAGAGCAGGGGGAGCGGGGAGAAAGGGAGAGAGGGCAGGGAGCAGCAUGGAACGGCCGCGGCAGGGCCGCUGGGGGAGGCGGAGGCAGGUUCGAGGAGCGAUAGUGGUGCAGCGCCGGUGGAGGGGACACAAGGACAGACCACACACGAGCAGCAGCAGCAGCAGCAGCAGAGCGUGGCACUGUCGGGCGCCACGGCCACGUGGGACCCCGCGGUGCGGCAGCGCUUCUGGAAGGAGCUGGUGGGGCUGUACGAGGGCGUGGUGCGCGGCAUGUGCGCGGGGGAGGGGGUUGUGAGGGGCAUGGGCAAUGGGGAGUGGCAGUCUGGGUCCGUCCAAACGCUGCCGCCCGCUCAGGUUCAUGAGGACGAGGUGCUACAGGAGCGGAUGGUGCGGCUGCUGGGAGAGAAGGUGCUCAAAUACUGCCAAGAUGCGCCACUGGAGGUGAAGCAGCGCCUGGUGGGGCUGCUGCUGGACCUGGCAGAGCGGGCCGUGGGGGAGGUGCAGCUCACAGGGGGUGCCCGUGGCCGUGGGAGUUCGGGGCACAGCGGCUCAGAGCACGGGUCUUUAUCAGGAGGGCAGGGGCCAAAGAGCGAGGUAAAGGCAGCAGCGUCUUUAAGUGGGCUUGCACGCGUGGGCAGCUGGCUGGGAUGGGGUGCUGCUGGCGGGGCAGGGGCAGGGGGGCAGGUGAAGGCGACAGGCAGUGUGGGAAGGGGGGGAAGCGAUGGUGGCAAUGGUGGUAGUGGCAGUGACGGGCAUGUGGUGGUGACCAGGACGAGAAGCAGUAGUGCUGUUGCUGGGAGGAGUGGGAGCAGAGGCAGCGAUGGAGACCUGGUGGGUGGAUCUGUGGGUGAGUGGUUGUCCUUGCCACUCCCUCUCACCCCUUCUCAUGCUCCCUCACGCCCCCUCACGCCCGCCACGCCCUCUCACGCCCUCUUGCUCCCUCUAACGCCCUCACAUGCCCUCACACAACCUCUCACGCCUUCGAAAGCCCUCUCACGCUUGGUAUCGUGCAGGCGGCCAAGCCUCAAUGAUCCAGUGAGCAGCUCCGCGGUGCAGGUGGCGAGCAUCGCCAUGCCCCGCUUCCUCGCCUUCGCCCGCCGCCGCCUGCAACGCUUCACUGAGGACUGCCUGGUGCGCGGGGCGGGCAGCAUGGCAGCGGCGCGCAGGAGGGAGGUGAGGGUCAUCCUCGCAGGCCUUACAGCCAUCUCGCUGCACCCCGCUGUCGCCGCCCCCCUCUCGCACCUCCUUCCCGCCAUGCUCCGCUGCACCCCUUCUCCUCCUGCUCCCCUCCUCCCAUCCCUUACUCUUGCCUCCUCCUCCGCCUCCUUUAUUACAUCCGCUCCAUCAUCCCACAUGCACCCAGCACCACCAGCGCCCUCCCUCGCUCACAGCAUUGCUGCCCACACUGCACCGCGCAGCAAGCCCGUCUCUGCCCCCACCUCUGCCAUUGCUGCAUCAGCCGCAGCUCCCACUGCCACGCCUCCUGAUCCUGGCAGCACCGCGGUUGCAGCGGCUUGCACUGCUGGCACCGGAGGCAGGGAAAAGGGUGGAGAGGAGUGCAUUGAAGGAGAGAUUGGUGCGAGGGGAAGUGAGGGUGAGUGUGAGUGGCGGGUGCUGCCGGACGGGCAAGGCGGGGGCAUGGGAUGGCGCAAGGCCCACCUGUUCGCCAUCUACCCCUUCGCAUGCGACCUCAUUCUUGCCAGUGCAACCUUGUCACAUUGCCAGGUUCAUUGCAAUCCCCUUGGAUCACCUUGUCCCACCUCCCCUUCAUCUAAAUACCUCCCCCUCAUCCCACCACCUCCCCUUCAUCCCACCACCUCCCCUUCAUCCCACCACCUCCCCUUCAUCCCACCACCUCCCCUUCAUCCCACCACCUCCCCCUCAUCCCACCACCUCCCCUUCAUCCCACCACCUCCCCUUCAUCCCACCACCUCCCCCUCAUCCCACCACCUCCCCCUCAUCCCACCCACUCCCCCUCAUCCCACCACCUCCCCUUCAUCCCACCACCUCCCCUUCAUCCCACCACCUCCCCUUCAUCCCACCACCUCCCCUUCAUCCCACCACCUCCCCUUCAUCCCACCACCUCCCCCUCAUCCCACCACCUCCCCUUCAUCCCACCACCUCCCCUUCAUCCCACCACCUCCCCUUCAUCCCACCACACCCCCCUUCAUCCCACCACCUCCCCCUCAUUCCACCACCUCCCCCUCAUCCCACCACCUCCCCUUCAUCCCACCACCUCCCCCUCAUCCCACCACCUCCCCCUCAUCCGACCACCUCCCCUUCAUCCCACCACCUCCCCCUCAUCCAACCACCUCCCUUUCAUCCCGGGCACUGCGCGCACUGCUGCAUGCAGUGGGGGCGGAGAUGGGGCUGCACCCUGCGCAGCGAAUCUGA